AUGUUCAAUUUCUGCUUAGGAAAUGUUGGAUUUUGCAAUGGUAUUGGUGGGAUUUCAUCGAGAUAUCAGAGCUACUGUACAUUACCUCGACCAGAACAAACUGAUUUUGAUCAGCGUUCAAACUACGGUAAUGAAAUUAGCCAAAUGGCUAAGCAUAUCAACCAGUUAUAUGGCUCUUACAAUACGCAGCAACUUCAGCAGCCAUCAGUGAAUGCUAAUACUAUCGUAGCAAAACAGGUAAGGGAAAAAAAUUUUUAA